AUGGAGAGCAGGCUGACAGCACAUAUGGACUCUGAGGACCGGCGCGUGAAGGAGCUAACUGAGGGAAUACUGUAUGAUUUUCUUCCAUCGGCCCUGAACGUGAUGCUCCCACGCUGCGAGGACCACCUGCAGGAGCUGGACACGGAUCGGUGCCGGGCGGUUGCGAGCGCGGCGUUGGCGGUAUCGGCGCUAAUGAACGCCCCCGCCGGUUUCUUGGAGUUCCUGCUCUGCGUGCCUUGGCGCAAGCUCUCUCAGCUUUACCCCAAGACACCCAACCUUGCGGCCCGCUCCGAUUCAAUCGACAAGCUGGUCUCCAACCUGCAAGUAACGGAUGAGGAGCGGCGCAAAUUGGCGAACACACGGAUUGAUCCUGCGCUCAUGGGCACGGUGCUGGACUUCCUUUAUAAGGACAAACACGCGGACAGCGUGCCGCCCAUGCUACAGCUCACUCCGGUCAAUCCGCUGCAGCCGGACGACAAGUCAGCACCGUUAGUGGUGCGUGAGACGGUCGCGGCCGUGCUGGACGGCGCCACACCGCUCCACUGCGCCGCUCUGCGAGGCAACCCAGCCCAGGUGGAUCACCUGCUCUACUGCGGCGCAGAUCCCACCCUAAAAACUGCAGCUGGAGAGCUGCCGAUAGAGUUAGUGCCGGUUUGCGGUGACCGCGCUACAGGAAGCGGCUGCAGCGGCGCGGCCGCUGCCGCUGUCGCUGCCAACGCGGUGGUAGAAGGAUCGACCUCGCCGCCGUUGUCGUCGUCGUCGUCGUCCCAACGGAAUUGCCGCUGCAUGGGCCCGCACGAUCAGGAGGUCUGGGAGUGCCGCAGCCGGCUGGCACGCAGCCUAAUUGCGCGGCGGUGCUUCUUCAGCUUUGGCGUGGGAUUAUUUUCCUGGUUGCGGCUGGUGGUGUUUUGCUUGCUGUGCUUGCUGGGGCAAGCAGGCUGCUACACGAGCAUCAACAGGCCGGUGGUGGAGCGGCAUAUCGACACUCGGCGACAGCAGAAGGUCGCGGCAGCGCGCGCACGUGCGCAUGCCCUGGUCACCCGUAUGCGCGCCGAAGCCGAGGCGGGGUUGCACCACUUGGAGCAAGCUAAGCGCGAGUGCAUGGAGUCGGCGGCCUUCCAUCGCGGCCCUCCGGACAUUUCCCAGAUGUGUUUUACAGACCCCAACAAGUCGUCUCCGCCGCCGCCGCCGCCCAUCAGCCAGAUUCACGAUAUUAACUUACAUUUGCAGGAGAGCGGCACCAGCAGCACGGGCGAGGAGCUGGCUAGCGAAAAAGCGUUCAAGUGCUUUGUUCGGUCGGUGCAUGCGCUGCAGUCUUUGGACCUGCAUGGCGACGUGGUGCCGCAGGUCUUUGCGGAGCUGGUGGCGGCGGGGUCGGCCGAGUCUCGGGAGACGCACGUGCUGGAGGACGAGCAGGCGGUGCGCAUGGCGCACAUCCAGGCCACUCGCUUGUUCGGGAAGGUGGACCGGGUCAAGCAAUCGCACACGGAACGGUGGCGUGCAGUGGGCCAGGCGCUUGCGCGCGUGGUCUACGUGCACAUCUGCUUGCUGUUGGAGACUGAGGCUCAGGCUUCGCCCACGCGGUCACUGGUGUGGCGCGCGGAGCAAUGUUUGCGGGAGUGGGACCGGCUGGAGAAAGCGGAGCUGACGCAGGGCGCGGGAGUGCUGGACCCGCGGCAUGUGGCGGCUCUGCAGCUCUGGGCCAAAACUGCGGAUUCGGAUUUAUACUUAGCGGAAGCUCUGCACGGGCAAUCCAUGCCACCAACAAAGACCUUGCAGGAAGUUGUUCAAGGCGCCGUCAUCUACGGCGCCGACAACACGCCCAUUUUGGCUCGUCCCGUGAGUGCUGACGUGGUGGCAAGUCUUGAACAGGCCCUCACACUUUCCUCGUUGCCAAGUCCCAUGCUGGCCAACAUAGUCCGUGGGGUGGUGGCGAAUGCGGUGGCGGAGCUGGCGGCGGCGGCGCGGCUGCGGGAAUUUGUGGGCACCCGCGGUGCGGCGGCGCUUGGCGGUGCCGGCAGCGGCACGAGUGAGACGGUGGCAGCGCUGACGGAAGCGUUACGCGCUGCGGAGCCGUUUCGGAGUCGCCUUGGGCCGGAAAUGGACGCGGCGCAGGAGCUGCACGGGAGGUGGACGCAGCGGGCGCAGGCACUGGAGAAGCUUGAGAGCGCGGUAGAGGAGGUGCGUGCUUACAUCACCGCACACCCGCUGAGCUUCUCCCUAGCCGGUGCGGCUGCGGCAGCAGCGGCGUUGGCAGCGUCGACAUCGGCAGCGGCAGCGGCGGAGGCAGGGGCAGGAGGGCCAGCGACACGAGCGGCCCCGUGGCCUGGGCCUGGAUUGCCGACAGUGACGGCGACGGCAUCAUCAUCAGGGCCGGAGUCGGCGGCAGGUAAACCGGGUGGGAGUGGGCAUGGCGCCACGUCCAGGGAGGUGGGCAGCGGCGGUAGCGGCGGCGGGGAGAGUAGCAGUACUGGCGCAAGCAGCAGCGGGAGCGGCGGUGCGACGGGGACGGCGGCUGCGGCAUGCGGGGAGGGGACGCUGGCUGCGGACCUGGCGGAGUGGGACCGACGUAUGAGACAGCUCGAAGCAGCAAUGAACGACGCAAAAGAUGCCAACAUUAGUGUCACCAAGGCAAAACGACUGGUGAAGGAGAUGACGACCGUGGCGGCGGCUGCGGAGGCCUCCCGGCAACUGGAGGCCGUGAUGGCCCGGCGGCCCUCGGGUCCCAUGCAACUCAAACUGGCGCUCAACAAGGCCGAGGCGGCCGCUAGCACCCUCGGCAGCCUUGGCGGUGCGCCCCUGCCCGGUCUCGCGGAUGUGCUGGGGCCGCUGGUCGCAGCGGCGCGGCGGCGGCUGGACACGGAGCGAGCAGCGGAGGCGCUGUCCAAAGCUGCUGCGUCAUACCGCACCCUGGCGGAUUUGGCACGUUUGGAAGCGGCCAUUUACAAUGCCAAGAAGAUUGGUGCGGAGGAGCUGGAUCCGGAGUCGUACCGCACCUCCCUGGAGCUGCGCGCGCACCUACAGGAAGCGGCACGAAUGCGUACGACAUUAGAGACGGCGCUCCGGAACCUGCAGAACCAGCUGCGGCCGGAGGACGCCGAGGUGCUGGAGCGGGCGCUGCAGGACGCGGCUAGGUGGGAGGAUUUGCUGGCCCCGGAUCUGGCCAGGGCCCGCAAGGCCCUGGAGCACUGGCGAGCCAUGACUGUCAGCGAUGCCAAGCUGGCCCGGCUGCUGCGGGAGGGGGCGAGUACGGGAGUCCUGGCGCGGGCAAUCCAGGAAGCGGCCGCCUCGGGCGUUAAGGUCCAGCAGGCCAAGCGCGUGCUGAAGCUGAUGCAAGCCCUGGAGACGGUGCUGGCUGGCGGCGGCAUCGACGGCGGCGCGGCUGAGCGCUACGCUGCCGUCAAGGCCAAACUGGAGGCUGCGGAGCUGGGCGGGGUGACGGCGGGACCGCUGCCGGAUGCGGCGCGGCGGAUGCUGGCACGGCUGGCGGCGCAGAUUGCACGGGAAGCGCUGGAGGCUGCGCUCAAGCCGCAUUCGGACUGGUCGAUGGCGCAGCGGAUCAGCGUAUUGAGGGACGCGUUGGAGAAGGCGGAGGGUGUGCUGGCGGCAGCGGCCAAUGAGCAGCAGCAGCAGCAGCAGGAGGAGGGAAGCGACGGUAAGGCUUCGUCGGACGCGACGGCGGCCGCGGCUACAGCUAUCGCUACCGCUGUCGCCGUCGGCGUGACUGGAACCCAACAGGAGCAGCACCAAACUGCACCAAAGCUGUCAAAUGCAUCAGCUACGGGAAAGACGUCACGCGGGAAGCGCUGCAGUGGCAGCAGCGUUACCGUCCGGGAGCUGGUCCGGAAGGCUCGCCGCGUCCUUGAGGAGGACCAGGCGGAGAUGGCUCGCAUCGAGCGGGAGCGUCAGGAGGCGGAUCGCGCGAAAAAGGAAGCCCAGGAGCGCCAGCGGCAGGAGCGCCAGCGGCAGGAGCAGGAACGUCAAAAGCGUGAGAAGGCCGAGGCGGCGGAGCGAGAGCGCUUGCAGGCUGAGAAGCGCGAACGCGUGCGAGCGGAGAGGGCGCGGCAGCUGCACCAAAAUCAGCAGCACCAGUCUCAGCACCAGCAUAAGGCCAAGGCUCCUGCGGCAACGGCAGCUGCGGCUGCGGCAUCGGACCCUGGCUCGCUCGGUGGGCCUGAGAAGGGCGGCAAGGCCUCUGCUCCGGGGAGGGCUGCUUCCGGGAAAGGUGCUAGCACCCACCAUCAUCAGGGCAGUGGGCCCAACGGCGGGGGAGGCAAUGCUCGCUCCGGGUCGGCUUCCAUCACGGUUUCCGCAGUCGCCAUGGCGGCGGGAAAGGCGGGCUCCGCGCUCCGAGAACCUCAGGUGUUGCCGCAGUUGGCGGCUUCGGCGGUGAUGGCAGCCGCCCGACACCAGCCAUCAGCACAAUGCCAACAACAACAUCAACAACAUCAACAACAACAACAUCAACAUCAACAACAACAACAGGUAUCCGCUGUCACGACCGCGGCGCAAUCCUCCGCUGCGGCUUCUGCUGUUGAGGCGGUUCCCGCGGGGGACCAGGUAGCAACGUCAGCGGCUUCGGCGGCCGUAUCCUCAGAGUCUUUCGAUCCGCCUCCCACCACCGUGUUCGUAGACCCGCCGCAAUCCGCCGCCAUCGCUGACCCUGGAACCGCCUUGGGAAUCUUUGCGGUGCAGUUGCUCAGUGCGAACGACGCUGCCCUGCAAUCGUUAACGCAUCAGGCUGCUGCAACGAACAACGUCGUCGACGGAGCAAUCGUGCCGGCAUGCCUACCCCCCAACGCCGUGGCUGCCGUACAUACCCGCGGAGACUCCAUGGGCAGCCUCAGCGAGGUUGUACGGAACCUGAAUUUGGACGUCAUCGAGGCACUGGAUAUGGAUCAUGACGUCAGCUUGUCGUGCGCUUACUCGCCGCUUGACGCUGGUGCUGUGGAGGCGACCGUGGCCGUCGCCUGCGGCGGCUGUGGCGACAGCGGCACACCUGCCGACGGUGGCGGCAGCGGGGGAGGGUCGGUCACUCGCACCAUGUCAGGCGUGACUGCAGCCGCCGAGAGCGUUUUGGACCGUACGCCUAGUCAGCGCACGUCCUCUGUCAUGAGCUCGGUUGCAUCCGCAGAUGAUGAUAUGCUGCACAGUGCCGCCGGCGCGGCGCGCGCAUGCUCGGUUGCUGAAGUGGGCGGUGGCGGUGGUGGUGGCUGCGCCUUGGGCUCGUUGUCCUCUAUUUCCUCGGGCCAGCCGGGCGCCAGUAACGCCAGCUUGGAAGUCUCCUCGCUGACGUCGCUGUCGGCUACUGCCAACUCAGCUACAGCCGGGCCUGACGGAACAGCUGCUUGUCGGGUGGCGGCAGCUGGGGCCGCCGGCCCCGUCGCUGGGGGCCCGCUUGGCGGCGGCGCUGGAGCUAGCAACAGCAGCAACGGGAACGGCGGCGGUGCGGCGGCCAAACCGCGAUUUGGCUUAGUGGAUCUGGGUGGCGCUAGCUGGGGCUUGGAUCCUAACCCGGUGCUCACGGGGGUUUCCGUACGUACGGCAUCACUGUUUGGUUCGCUGCAGCCCUCUAUGGGAUCUUCCAUGGGGGAGUUUGGUUCCAUGCUCUGCGCUCCGAAACCUGAUGCAGGCGGCGGCGGCUGGGCGGCUGCGCCGUUGGGUGCCGCCGUCGGCGCCAUGCUGUACAAUGGUCAAGCUGCCGUACAGGGCUUGCCCGUUGGGGGCCCAGAUGACGCCGGCAACAUGCUGGGUUCCGCCGCCACUGUACGGCACGUGCUUGGCGGCAGCGGCGGCGGCAACGGGAUGCAUGUCCGCAUGACUGAUGCGUCCUUUUCGAGCCUAGUUCCCGUACACGCUUCACCCCGUACAACCGUGGCUACUGCUAGCACGUCCGUUGAUGGCAUCUUGCAGGUACGGCCACUAGGCGCGGGGGGUAUGCCCGGUAACGCGCCACCUCUAUUGCAGCUGGCGCCCACGGUCGCUGCGGCCGCCGGCAGCGGUGGCAGCAGCGGCAGCGGCCGGUCAAGCCUCCACCUGGCGAUGCCGCUGCAACAGCCUCAGGUCAGUAACGGCGCCGGCCUUGCACCUCGGAGCGGCUAUUGGACCCCGCCCUCUUGCCAAGCGCCGAUCGACAUUCCCAGUGACGGCGCCGCCGCCGCUGCCACCGCCGCCGCCGCAGCUUCAGCCUGUAACGGCGGAGCGCCGUCAUCGGGAACCAUAUCGUCAUUGCAGGUCGGUGGUGGCGUAGGCCUGCACCAUCUGAGCUUGGGCACUUCGCCUGUAGGCUCAAGUUUCCAAAUGCUGGAUUGGUCGUUGUCGCAGCAACACCAAAAGCUACAGCCUCAGCUGCCGUCACCGCCACCGCCACAUCAGCACCUGGACGGAGGCCUGCAGCUGGUUCAUUUAGGCGGCGGAGGAGGAGGAGGAGGGGGGCCGCCGACGGCUGGUGGCAGCGGCGGUGGCGGCAGCGGCGUGCAGGUCCUGCGCAGCGCCGGCGGCACCGGUGCUACCGGCAGCCGCAUUUGCCAUUUCUUCCUAUCGGGCUAUUGUCAGAAAGGCGAGCGUUGCCGCUUUCUGCACCACAUCCCCGCGCCUGCCGCGGGGUCCCCUUUACCAUCAGCGCACGUCGCCAUCAGUGGAGGCAGCUCGACGGUACUUCAGCUGGGGCAGGGCUCGCCACCGCCGCCGCAGCUGUCGCCGCAUCAUCUCCGCGGCCAAGUGGGCUGCUUUGGGGUCUCAGGCGGCAUGGGGCCCCCUGGCGGGAGCGGCGUUGGCGCGGGUGCUGGUGGAGGCGGUGGUGGUAACGGAAGCGGCGCGGUGGGAAGCUUUGCGUUUGGGGUCCCUGGCGCGGAGGCCUUUGCACCUCUGGGGCCCGGUGGCGGCGGCAGGGUGUCGCGAGCCAGCACCGGCAUGGACUCAGGACCGAGCGGACAGCCUGCGGCGGUAGCAGUUGCGGAGCAGCAGCAGCAACAGCAGCAGGUGCUGCUGCUGUCCUCCAAAAGGGCUUCAGUGAACCAUUUACGCCAUAACGGCGUAGCGGCGACUGGACCUCCAGGUGGCGCCGGCGUGAUGUCCGGAACGCCGUUGGGCCUUAUCCUGAUGGACAGAAAUCAGCCCGGGCCCGUAGGAGGAGGCCUGUCAGGGCCCGGCAGCAGCAGCAGUAGCGGUGGCGGCGGCGGUAAUGGCGAGGUCGUACUUGGCUCGCAUCAACAGCCUGUGCAGCUGCGUGACAGUGCAACCGGUGCGACAUUUGCAGCCGUCCUCACAGUCCCAGGUGUGCCGAUCGGUGGUGGGAGCUUCCAUGCGAAGCAGCUGCAGCAGCAGCAACAGCUACAGCCCACCAGCGCACGUGAUCACGCUGCGCCGCAACAGCAGCAACAGCAGCAGCAGCCGAUGCUGCUGACCCUCCCCGACGAUUUGUCAUACUCGCCGCGGUCAAGCUCAAGUCGCUCCGGUCCUUCCAGCCGCUAG